UCUUGUGCAUUAUCCUUUCUUGCGUAGCUUCCAAAGAAAACGGGCAGUAAAGUCCGGGGUUGAUUUGGAGCCCCAAAACUGUCGCAUGGCAGCCGCCGCUUUCAUCGCCUGGCCCUCUUCUCCGAAUUAUACGCGGUCGUUCCCAGGAAUCAGGGCGCGAAUUUCCCGAGGGGGUGCUAGCGGACCGAUCACGGCGGCGAUGUCCACCAUGUGCAGCGGAGGCGGGCGGAGAAUGCCCCACGUGCUCACUGUCGCCGGAUCCGAUUCUGGUGCUGGAGCCGGGAUCCAGGCAGACAUCAAGGCCUGCGGGGCGCUCGGCGCCUACUGUUCAUCAGUCGUUACCGCCGUCACCGCGCAGAACACUGUCGGCGUUCAGGGUGUCCAUCCCAUACCUGAGGAGUUUGUUGAGGAACAGUUGAGAUCCGUACUUGAGGACAUGGGGGUUGAUGUGGUAAAAACAGGCAUGCUUCCUUCUGUUGGGGUAGUAAAGGUUUUAUGUCAGAGUCUCAAGAAGUUUCCAGUUCGAGCUUUAGUUGUUGAUCCAGUCAUGGUAUCUACAAGUGGUGAUGUGCUUGCAGAAUCUUCUACACUGUCAGGAUAUCGGGAUGAACUUUUUGCGAUGGCUGAUAUUGUUACUCCUAAUGUGAAAGAAGCAUCAGCUUUACUUGGAGGUGUGCCUUUGAGAACAGUAGCUGAUAUGUAUUCUGCAGCAAAAUCAAUACAUAACUUAGGUCCUAAAAAUGUUCUUGUGAAAGGUGGUGAUCUUCCAGGGUCUUCAGAUGCAAUUGACAUAUUCUUUGAUGGCAAAAAAUACCAUGAAUUGCUCGGAUCACGUGUGAAGACUCGUAACACCCAUGGAACUGGAUGCACACUUGCUUCAUGCAUAGCAGCAGAAUUAGCUAAAGGUCUUCCAAUGCUACGAGCUGUUCAGAAUGCGAAGACCUUUGUUCAGUAUGCACUGGAUUAUAGCAAAGAUAUUAUAAUUGGAAAUGGACCUCAAGGACCAUUGGAUCACUUAUUUAGUCUUGAGACUCAUUCCUGCAAUGCACGAGCAAGAUCAUUCAACGCAAGUGAUUUGUUCUUAUACGCAGUCACAGAUUCUACAAUGAAUAGGAAAUGGAACCGUUCCAUUGUAGCUGCAGUAAAAGCAUCCAUCGAAGGGGGUGCCACAAUUAUUCAAUUGAGAGAAAAGGAGGCUGAAACCUGUGAAUUCGUUGAAGCAGCAACUGCUUGCAUCCAGAUAUGCCGGUCUAGUGGUGUGCCACUAUUGAUCAAUGACCGUAUUGAUGUUGCACUUGCUUGUGAUGCUGAUGGUGUCCAUGUGGGGCAAUCUGAUAUGCCAGCACGAAUUGCUCGUAAAAUUCUAGGGCCUGGGAAAAUCAUUGGUGUAUCAUGCAAGACCCCUGCCCAGGCAGAGCAGGCAUGGGCUGAUGGUGCCGAUUAUAUUGGCUGUGGGGGGGUGUUUCCAACUGCAACCAAACAAAACAAUACUACUGUGGGUUUGGAUGGCUUGAAGUCUGUUUGUUUGGCUUCCAAGUUGCCAGUGGUUGCCAUCGGUGGUAUUGGAGUUGUGAAUGCUCGUUCAGUGAUGGAGAUUGGUGCCCCGAACUUGAAAGGUGUAGCAGUUGUCUCUGCUCUAUUUGAUCGUGAGUGCAUUUUGACUGAAGCUCGAAAACUCAGGUCGGUCUUGACUGAUUCGGUAUCUGAGGUUAAGACAUUGGUUUGAGCCUUUCAAGAUAUAUGUUCUCCCUCUACAGACGAAGUCACAUGUUAAUGUCAACGUCUGGUUGCUCUUUAGCUGAUCCUUAAUAACUAGGGUAUACAGCUUCAUGUUGUAUGAUUUUUAGUUACUUUUUCAGUUUCUUUCUCAGGUAAUUAGAAUAUAUUUUGGAGGCAGAUAUCAGAAAACUGCAGAUAGCAACUGCAAAGCUUGAAUUGAAAUUGGAUGGGGAGAAGAGAUGGAUUAUACCCCUUUCAAACUUGGGUGUUUAUAUAUUUCUGUGUUCAUUAGGACACUUAACAUCUAUAGCGGUUGUGUACAUGUGAGAGUGGAGAUUAAACAAAUCACUGAAUGUUUAUUUUGAAGUUCCGCUUUAUAAACAGGAGACAUAAUUAAGGCA